UGUAAUUACUCAUACGAUGAAUACAAUCUAAAAAGUAAAUUAAGCAGACCAGGAGAGCCGUGAUUCCUUUUACAACAAAUAAUAAUAAUAAUAGUAAUUUAUGUUAAUAAAUAAAUAAAUAUUUUUUAUUUAUCUAAAAUUAUUAAGGUCAAUGCUAUUGGCACUUUAGUCUAGCACGGCUUAUCAUGUUGAUUUGUGCGGGCACGGGUGUUGUGUAUGUAUAGUAAGUAUAUAAGUGCUCUAAUAGCUAGGACCAAUUAUUAAAGAAUCAAUCUAUAGCAUAUCGAUUGAGGUAAAUAGCAAUGUUACAAGGAUAUAGAUAAAUAUAGCUUAACUUAACAAAAAUGAAACUAACAACUUGAAGUAAUGAUAAAUACACCGUGAACAUUACCCGGUCUUCGGAUAAAAAAUAUCACCAGCCAAUAAGUUGUUUUUGAGAUUAUAGAGAUUACAUUUAGAUAUUAAAUGAAGUGGGGAUAAAAUUAUUAUUAUUUUUAUUAAAUAAGCAUAGCAGAGGGGGAGACUUACAGAGAGAAGGAGUCAAAUCAUAUGUUUGAGUUAUCGGCAAAGAAAGGUUAUUGUUAUUCAAUUAAAUUAAUAAUUAAAUAAAUCCGUUUUAAAUGGCAUUUUUGGGAAAAGUUGUAUUAAUAACUGGAGCAAGCUCUGGAAUUGGAGCUGCUACAGCAAUUCAUUUAUCAAAUUUAGGUGCUUCGUUAUCUUUAACUGGUCGUAAUUUAGAUAAUUUGCAAAAUGUUGCUGAUAAAUGUGAUAAGGAGCGUAAACCAUUUCUUAUUACUGGUGAAUUGACAAAUGAAGAUGACACAAAAAAUAUUCUUGAGUCUACAAUAAAGCAUUUUGGUAAAUUGGAUGUUUUAAUAAAUAAUGCUGGAACAAUUGAACGUGGAAGCAUUGAAAAUACUAGCUUGGAUCAGUAUGAUAGAAUAUUCAACUUAAAUGUCCGUUCAAUGUAUCAUUUGUCAAUGCUCGCAGUCCCACACUUGAUAAAAACAAAAGGUAAUAUCGUUAAUGUAUCAAGUGUAAAUGGGUUAAGAUCAUUUCCUGGUGUAUUGUCAUACUGCAUGAGUAAAUCAGCUGUUGAUCAAUUUACACGAUGCACUGCCAUUGAAUUAGCAUCGAAACAAGUACGGGUAAAUGCAGUAAAUCCAGGAGUAAUAGUAACAAAUCUACAUGAACGUAGUGGUAUGUCACCAGAGGAACUGAAAGCAUUUUUUGAACGAAGUAAAACAACUCAUGCACUUGGACGUCCAGGCCAAGUUGAUGAAGUUGCCAAGACAAUUGGAUUUUUAGCAAGCGAUGAUGCUUCAUUCAUAACUGGCGCAACACUUCCAGUUGAUGGUGGAAGACACGCUCUUUGUCCUCGUUAAUUUUUGAUUACUUACAACAAACAUCAAUAUUUUUUUACUUUUCAAUCGAAAGCAGAAUCAUCAUCAAAGGAUUCAAUUGUACUGGAUCAUUAAUAUUAUCAGUUAUUUUUUAUAAUUAUAUACAUACUAAAUGUACAAGGAAAAAUAUGUAUGGGAACAAUUUAUUAAAAUAUGAUUACCUAU